GCCCGAAUGGCUGGCGAGAGAGGAGCUAGUGCGGUACUCUUCGACAUCACCGAGGACCGAUCAGCUGCCGAGCAGUUGAGGCAGCCCCUGGGGCUGACUUGGCCAGUGGUGCUGAUCUGGGGUAAUGAUGCCGAGAAGCUGAUGGAGUUUGUGUACAAGAAUCGGAAGGCCCAUGUGAGGAUUGAGCUGAAGGAGCCCCCAGCCUGGCCAGAUUAUGACGUGUGGAUCCUCCUGACUGUGGUGGGUACCAUCUUCGUUAUCAUCUUGGCUUCAGUGCUUCGCAUCCGAUGUCGGCCCCACCACAGCAGACCGGAUCCUCUUCGGCAACAGACGGCCUGGGCCGUCAGCCAGCUGGCCACCAGGAGGUACCAAGCCAGCUGUCCAGACUCAGGGAGUAGCUGCAGCUCGGCCCCUAUGUGUGCCAUCUGCCUGGAGGAGUUCUCAGAGGGCCAGGAGCUCCGGGUCAUCUCCUGCCACCAUGAGUUCCAUCGCACCUGUGUGGACCCCUGGCUACACCAGCAUCGGACUUGCCCCCUCUGCAUGUUCAACAUCGUAGAGGGAGAUUCAUUUCCCCAGGCCCUGGGAGCCUCUCCAUCUUACCAGGAACCAGGCAGGAGACUCCACCUCAUUCGCCAGCAUCCUGGCCAUGCCCACUAUCACCUCCCCUCUGCCUACCUGUUGGGCCCUUCCGGGAAUUCAGUGGCCCGGCCCCCAAGACCUAGACCCUUCCUACCCUCCCAGGAGCCGAGCAUGGGCUCCCGGCAUCAGCGUCUCCCCAGGGCUGCACAUCUCCGGACACCAGCAGAACAGCAGCACCUGGCAGUUUCUCAGCACCCCUAUGCACGGGGCUGGGGGCUGAGCCGCCUCCGAUGCAACCCUCAGCACCCCACGGCUUGCCCAGGGGCCUUACGCCGGCCCAGGCCUCACGACAGUAGUGGGUCUGGAGAAAGCUACUGUACAGAACGCAGCGGCUACCUGGCAGAUGGGCCAGCCAGUGACUCCAGCUCAGGGCCCUGUCAUGGCUCUUCCAGUGACUCAGUGGUCAACUGCACCGACAUCAGCCUGCAGGGGAUCCACGGUAGCAGCUCCACCUUCCGCAGCUCCCUGAGCAGUGACUUUGACCCCUUGGUAUACUGCAGCCCUGAAGGGGAUCUCAGAGGCAAAGGAAUGCAGCAGCCUAGUGUGACCUCCCGACCCCGUUCCCUGGACUCAGUGGUGCCCACAGGGGAGACUCGGGUUUCCAGCCACGUCCACUAUCACCACCACCGCCACCACCACCACUAUAAAAAGCGGUUCCAGUGGCAUGGCAGGAAGCCGGGCCCAGAAACUGGGGUCCCUCAGUCCAGGCCUACUGCUUCUCAGACUCAGCUCCAGCUGGAGCCAUCUUUCUCCGACCAGAAGUCCACCACACCCAACCCAGCAGCUUCUUCAAUGCUCCCCAACACACAACGGCCCAGGUCCCUGACAGAGCUAGCUCCUGGCCUACCAGAAGCUGCCAGCCCCAGCCCCAGCCCCAAUUCCAACCCCAACAGUCUUUUGAACUUGCAGAAAUCCAGCCUCCCUGUCCGACACCCACAAAGAAAACGGCGGGGUGGCCCCUCAGAACCCUUGCCAACCUCUCGGCCCCAGGACUUGACUGUGCACCCAGCUUGCCAGGUUUUCCCCCACUACAGCCCCAGCCUAGCAUCCCGUUGGCCUCCAGAGGCUCACCCAUUGAUCUUCAGGCCUCCGGGCCAGGACAGGAGACUGCUACAUGAAGCCCCAGGCCCCUGUUACUCGAGUUCACAGCCAGUGUGGUUGUAUCUGCCCCCCCGCCAGCCUCUGGGACCAUGCUCUCCUGGAGAGGGGCAUUCCGAGUGGAGUUCUGACAUGCCAGAGGGCAGACCAUGCCUUUAUCCACACUGCCAGGUGCUGCCAGCCCAGCCUGGCUCGGAGGAGGAGGAGGAGGAGCUUGAGGAACUGUGUGAACAGGCUGUGUGA